UUUGUCAUCAGUGCUCCAAAACGAAGAUGUCAACACAAUUGUCUUCUUAAAUUGUUUAAAAACGCAGUGACAAUGUUUGAAAUUAAAUUAGAGUCUGGACGUGAUUGUAAAACUGUACUCACCCUUGAGAAGAGUGAUUCGGUGGAUGAACUCUGGAAACAUCUGGAACAGAAGGGAUUUUCAAAAGCCAAUUUCUACCUUCUCCAAAACGGAAGACCUCUGACCAACACUGAGACCUUCCUCUCAAACGAAACAAGAAUAAUUCCAAAAUGUUUGGGAGGAAAAGGAGGAUUUGGGUCAAUGUUACGAGCGAUAGGUGCCCAAAUAGAGAAGACAACGAAUCGCGAGGCGUGCAGAGACCUGAGUGGUCGUAGACUGAGGGACAUAAACGAGGAGAAACGACUGAAAGCGUGGAUUGAGAAUCAGACGAACAGGAAGGAGGAGCAGGCUGAGAGGAAGAAGAAGAAGCUGGAGAGACUCUGCGCUGAGCCGAAGCACGAGUUCAAGGACAAGAAUUACGAGCACGAGAGGUCGAUCCUGACCGAGAGGGUUGACGACGCUGUUGAGCAGGGCUUCAAGACAGCAGCUGCUGCCUCAACGUCAAAUCUAGAGGGGAAGAAGACAAAAGUCAGUGACAAGGGAGUGAAGAGAAAAACUCUGCUCGAUGAGUUCGACGAUAUUGAUUCUGAGGAAUUGAGCAGUUCUGAGGAUGAAGGGAGCAAUGAGCCCUGCAAGAAAAUUAUGAAGGGAGAGGCGAAGACGUCUGAGGACAGUGGAUGUUCCAGUGUUGAGGAGCAUUCGGAGUCCUCCUGCGAUAAGAAUCUGGGGGAGAAGGAGGAGGUGAAGGCAACUGCAGAAACUUUGAAGAAUGAUAAUGGGAGGGAGGUAGAAUAAGGAGAUUUUUUUGUUGUUGACGAUGUGACAAAGCACAAGCACUGGGGCCUCCUAGAGCACGUGAAAUGCGGAAUUUCUAAUGCUGAUAGAAUCAUCGGAGGUAAGAAUGCAUCUCUGGGGAUGUAUCCAUGGCUCGUGAGGAUAGGAUACACGACGGGUGCCUCCAGUGAAAUCACUUAUCGAUGUGGAGGAAGUUUAGUCAGCAAAAUAUAUGUCGUCACGGCAGCUCAUUGUGCAGCUCUUUUACCCCCCGGUGUCAAGGUCGUUGCGGUGAGAGUGGGAGAGCACAAUGCCGAAACGAAUCCCGACUGCGAGCUUGAUUACUGCGCCGAGCCUGUGCAAGACUUCAACACCGAGCAAAUUAUUGUCAAUGAGAAUUACCAUGAUCCGGGCUUUAAAAACGACAUCGCACUCAUCAGAUUGGAUAGACCGGUGGUUUAUAACGAGAAUGUCAUACCUAUCUGCAUGCCGUAUGGCGAGCUUUUGAGCAAACGUUUCACCGGUGAAAAGGCUGAAGUUGGUGGCUGGGGUAUUUACGACAUAGAUCACCCCCAAGCAAGUAUAAUCCUUCAAACAAUUCAAUUGCCAAUCGUUUCGCUGAGUACCUGCGUUCGAGCAUUUAGUAAAAGUGCAUCAGUGGGUAAAGGACAAUUAUGCGUCGGUGGAAUUGUCGGUGAGGAUUCGUGCGGGGGUGACAGUGGUGGACCCCUCAUGAAAGUCGAGGCAUUCGAUGGACCACCAAAAUACUAUUUCAUCGGUUUAGUAUCUUUCGGAGCUAAAGCGUGUGGUCGCACCUCAACUCCAGCAGUUUACACGAGAAUUGCGGAUUAUAUUACAUGGAUUUUGGAUAAUAUUUCGCCCUGAUUUUUAUUUUUACAUUGUAAUGGAGGAAUGAAGUCGAGUGGAAUGGAGAUUGAAGCGUAAAAUUAAAUUUAAUAAAUCA